UCACUCUGUUUUAUUGCUGCGUGAGGAGCUCGUGAACGAGCUCGGAGACUCGGAGGUGUGUGAUCUGAUCACCCCAUCCAGGUGGCUCACGAGGAGCUGGCGUUUUACUUAACCUUUUCAUACUUCAUAACAAACUACAACAAAUACUUUGGUCGAGUGUUAAAGUUCUAUUAUUUUCGAUUUAAUCUUACCAUAUUAAAAUAUAAAUGCGCGCAUCAUAUUAUGUACUAAGUUAUUUGAGAGCUUAACACUAAUUUUUUCAAACACAGCCUAGAAUGUUCAAGCAGUUGUUUACUAAAAACCCUUAUAAGUGUUACUUGUCAACCCAACAGAAGUUGUGGUGUGAGACAUUUUCUAUAAAAUUUCACUCUAAAACCUCAAGUGAAAGAAAGCAGUUGGGUGGCUAUGAGUACGAAGAAGACACUUCGGGUUUCAAGAAUAUUCUUGCUGUAACUAAUACUCAUCUAGAAAUCAAAGAAACUACCAGUAAUAAAAGGUUAGAAGUCAACUUUGAAUGGUUACGUGAAAACUGCAGAUGUGCUUCGUGUUAUAAUGGAGUAACCAACCAGAGAAAUAUUUGUAUAUUUGAUUUAAAGACUGACAUACAACCCACAACAUUUUCUUUGUUCCAUAACACCUUGAAAAUUGGCUGGAAUGAUGGGCACCAUUCUGAGUAUGACUUGGACUGGCUAAGAGUUCAAAACAGAGCUGAGGACAUCCCUGCAGAGAUAUUGUGGUCUGGGGACAUGUCUGCACAUGUUGAGUAUGUUACAGCAUCAGAUGUCAAAUCAAAAGAAGGAAUAACUCGACUGAUCAAGUCACUCUUGGAUUAUGGAGUUGGCUUUGUUACAAAUGUGAAACAUAAUAUACAAUCAACAGAAGAAAUAAUUAGAUGUAUUGGACCACCCCAGAAGACACUGUUUGGGACCAUGUGGGAGUUCACCAACAAGAUGGAACACUUGGACUCAGCGUAUUCCAAUAUAGCAUUAGACGCUCAUACUGAUACAUCCUACUUCAUCGAGCCCGCAGGGUUGAUAAUAUUUCACUGCAUGGAGAGGAACUGUGAAGGAGGAAAGACACUUUUAGUGGAUGGAUUCCGAGCUGCAAAAGAAGUUGAAUUGGAGUCACCAGAUUUAUAUCACUGUUUGAGAACUGUUCCUACUGAGUUCCAAUACAUAGAGAAAGGUUAUCAUUUAACUUCCCUAAGCACCAUGAUACAGCAUAGUCUACAUGGUAGAAUUAAUCAAAUAAGAUACAACCUGUAUGACCGCAGUGCGCGGCAACCUCUGCAGAGUGUGCUGUUCUACCGGUCACUGCGAAAGCUAGCAGCGGCGGUGCGUAAGCCCAAGGCAGAGUGGUGGCUCACAUUGGAACCAGGCACCGUAGUUUUCAUCAACAACUGGCGUGUAUUGCAUGGGCGUUCAGCUUUCUAUGGUCAGCGCACCAUGGGUGGAGCUUAUCUUCACAUGGGCAACUUCCUCAGUAGGGCUCGCUCUUUAGCGCUCAUUACAUAACUUGUCUUAAUGAAUUUAUAAACAACAAAUACACAUUUCUAUGGUAAUA